AUGAGCAAAAAAUCCAGGAGGGAUGGCUCCCCAGCUGCUCUCAGCAGCUCCCCAGCGGAGAGCAGGAGAUUGUGCAGGAUCGGAGCGCCCUGGGUUUGGCACCUCCUGCAAGAAUGUGCCAGGGAUGUGUGGGAGGGCUGGAGAGGGCUCACUGCCAUUGUCUGCUCGCUGCUGCUGGUUCUUUUAUUUCUGCCAUCUAUAAACCAAGCCAUAAUUGGCCAAAUAUUUACACUGAUGUUUAUUUCUGGCAGUGAUUUGGUAUUUCAAAUUACUUGCCUACUGAACAAGCAAAUGUUUCAUUUCCUUCAGAUUGUCACUGCUGCUUUUUGUGAGAACAAGGACCUGAUUAUGAUUUCACAAUUUGUGUACUGUAAGCUCAAGAAUCAGAAGGUGACAAAAGGUAAGUUUCUGCUCCUCAGGAACCAGCAGCACAGGCCAGCAAUCCCAAGGAAUAAUAGCGCCCCUGACCUGAUUGAAAUGCCAGGCUUCAUUUGUGGCUGUGUGUCCUGUGUUUUCCUGGGCAGCAGAUUCCCUCAGCUCUGUAAAAACGUGAGUGGCUUUUUGGCAAUUGUUAAUUUGAUUUUCUGUUCCUUCCAGUGUUGGGCUCUCCCUCACACCGAGCACUCCUCAAUUCAAACCCCCACUCUGCUUUUGUCACUGAAAAAAAGGGGAUUUUUUCCCCCCCCCAUUCAGAGAAGGAUGAUGAGAAUUUUAGGAAAACACUGGUCUUUGAUUGCUGGAAAAAGCCUGAUUGGCAGGGGAAGAAUUUACAGCUGGAUUUAUCAGCAGAAAUCUGCUUUCUAUGAUGGUUGUCAUGAACAAGUAGCAUCCCCCCUUUUCUUUCUCCAAACUAUUCCACCCUGGGAAUAAGAGUUACAAUUAGAUGUAAAUUAGUUUUAAAUCUUAAUCCCUUUUUGCCAAGGUGCCAUUACCUUUCACCACAGCCUCUUCACUAUCAGUAUAUUUAAAAAAAAAAAAAUCAGUAUAUUAAAAAAAAAAACAACAAACACAUCAAAAGACCAGAAGAUUUUACUUACUCAGGAUGGGCCCUGAAAUUCCAGUGCCAUUCCCAAGCCCCAGCUUGUGGGCUGGGUAAAACCUUCUGCACCAAGGAACACAAUCCCCCACUGAGCUGGGGACACUGAACUGUGGGGCCUGGCCUGUUCUGAAACAAAUUCUGCUGUUCUCUGUUAUGGGACAGUGCAUUCUGUGAGCAGACUGUGGGAUUCAGGGGGUCAUUCCAUGAACCAAGUCCUGACUUUCUCCUGCUCCAGCCCCCAGCUGCAAAUAUAAACCAGGCAGUAUUUAUUUACCCCAAAACCCCCAGAACUUGAUUUUGACGACCCUCACAGUACAUUCUGUACAGAUUUGCAGAUGCUUUUCUAUGAUAGACUCUGAAAAUCAACUUUUUAUUGCCCCCAAAGCUCCCCCGCUCCAUUCCC